CUCGCAUCGCCAUGGGGGGGCAGCCGCGGGGGGAGCCGGGGAGGCUGCUUGAGGCGCGCUGGGCGGCUGCUGCAUCCACUGCAAGAAGAAGCCACCCUUUCCUCGGUCGCUGCUUACCAAACGAGCGAGGGAAAACAGAAAGUCUGGGAGAAGAAUGUUAGUCACUGGUCCCUAGCAGUGUAUCCUGCUUUCUGAUACCUUAUGCUAAGGAAAAUUCUCCAUUUCAGAGAGAGAGGAAUACAGUGUGAAAGUAAAGAGCAUCACACUCCAUCUUGAAAAAGAGAAGAUCAAGUCUGGAGUUUCUCUGACUUCGUCUGAAAUUGUAGGGAUGAUCAAUUUGUUUAAGAAACCUUACAAGAAAAAAGCAGGCAAAUUCCAGCCUUUCAAGAAGCUUUUUGGAAAAAGGAAGAAAAGAGAGCCAGCGUCGGACUGCGAUGAAGCCAAACUGAAGCCAAGCCACUCCUUUGGGAAUGUCUGCAACGGCACCUUCUCGUCAGAUGAAGAAGCAAGCAGUGGUGUGAGGUCCUCCCAUUAUUCUAUGGGCACUCGAGCUUUUUCCCAUGACAGUAUUUUUAUACCUGAUGGGAGAACAGAGAGUGAACAGGCAAUCCAAGCAAUGUCACAGGAGAACAUUCUAGGAAAGGUCAAAACUCUUCAGCAACAGUUGGCCAAGAAUAUUAAAUUUGGGCAGCCUCCACAAAUGACAGUUUCUGUGAGGACAAUGGGGGAGUCAAAUGCUAGUGUAGAAGAGGAUGUAUUGCUCAGUAGCCCCAUGGAGAUUGAGACUCAGCAGGACACAGUGCGCUCAGACAGUGGUAAUAAAUCAAUUGACACUACAGAUUUGUUGAGGACUAUGAAUUUGCCUGGAACAGGACAUGAAGGGGAAGAAAAGGUUGCUCCAGUCAAAUCAUCUCGGCCAAAAAGACAAUUUUCCUGUUCUGGCACAAUUGAAACAAUCAAUUUGGAUGCAGUUCCCCAGGCUGUUGCCCGUCUAGACAACAGCGCAGCUAAACACAAGCUGUCAGUAAAGCCAAAAAAGCAGAGGAUGUCAAGAAAGCACAAGAGAUUGACAAAGGGAUCACAAAGUUUAACAGUAACAGAAUUUGAGCCAGAGGAUCUAGAAACUCAGCUAUGUGCAGAUAGAUACCCAGGUUACAUCACAGCAGAUAAGCUAAUCCAGAACAAAGAUGAACAGAAGGAGCUUCAGCUGGCAGAAAAGAAAAGAAGUGAAGAUCACUGGGGGAUCGUUGAGGCUGAAAGGAUAAGGCAGAUUGUAGAAAUGGAAGAACAAAGAGAAAUGGAAGAACAAAGGUGUCAAGAACUUGAGCAGAUGCAAAAAGAACAGGAAAGAAGGCACUGUGAAGAAGAGAGCAAGCAGCAUCUCCUUGAAGGAGAAACAUCUUUGAAAAUAGAAGAGCAAACAUGCCAGGAAGAGGAGAGAAGACUGCUGGAGGCAGAAAAAAGGCGAGAGCUGGAGGAACAGAGGCACCAGGAACUGGAGCAGCAGAGGCACAAAGAGCUGGAGGAGCAACAGAGGCGAGAGCUGGAGGAGCAGAAGCACCAGGAACAGGAGCAGCAGAGGCAAAAGGAGAUGGAGGAGCAACAGAGGCAAGAGCUGGAGGAGCAGAAGAGGCUAGAGCUGGAAGAAUUAAGGCAACAUGAGAUUGAAAAACAGUGGCAAGAAGAGGAAGAACGAAAUCGUCUGGAGCAACAGAAAGAACUGGAGGAACAAAACAGGCAAGAAAAACAGAGAGAAGAGCUAGAGAAAGAGCUUCAAGAACCUGAAGUGAAACUGAAGGAUGAGAAAGAAGCUGAGACCCUCAAACAACAGAAGAAAAAGGAGGAACAAAGGCAGCAUUUGAACGAGGAGGAAGGAGAAAAGACAGAGGAGGAGCAACCCCAGCAAGUACUGGAGAAGCAACAGAAACGGGAAGAGCAGAGAAAACAUAAGCUCACAAAACAAAUGCAUUUAGAAAGUGAAGACAGUGCACAACAAGAUGGACUGGAAAAGCAAGAGGAACAAAAUGAACAAGAGUGGAACAAGCUGGAAGAGCAGAAGAUAGACAAAGAAGGACGAGAUCUUCAGGAAAAGCAGCAAGAACAACAGAAAUCCUUAGAACAGCAACAGGACAAGGAUCAGUUGUCUUCUAGAGGGACUGAUAGGCAGCCAGUAGAGGAGAAGCUCCAAGAAGACUCAAGACCCCAAAAAAUCAAACAGCCAGAGAAAGAGAAUAAAACAGCAGAAGAAAUGCUAGCCCAGAAACUGAAGAGAGAAGUCGAGGCUCAGGAACAAAAGCGAAUAGGGGAAGAACUAAGGUGGCAGGAGGUAGAUGAAAGGCAGACUGCAUCCAGACCCUUUACAUUUCAAGUGUCUUCCGGAGAGAAACAGAUCAUAUUUCAGAAAGUAAACCUGAGCCCAGUCAUGCCUGUCAAAGGAGCAGGACUCUCUUCUUCCUCUGUCAAAGACUACAGGAUGCACGCUUCCAGCAAGGGCUCUCAUACCCUCCCGUCAUCUGUGUGUGUUCCCCAUACAGCCAUUUUGGUUACUGGAGCACAGCUCUGUGGCACAGCAGUUAACUUGAACCAGAUAAAGGACACGGCGUGUAAGUCGUUACUUGGCUUGACGGAAGAAAAAAAAUUGGAAAUGCCUUCACCAGAGAAGACCCAGAAAAGAACGCCAGACCCCAGACCUAGCAGCAGUAAAAUGAGAUACGCGCAAGAGACGUUGAACAACCAAGCCAUAUUAGCUGAGUGGGCCUCUAUCCGCUCCAGAAUCCUAAAGAAUGCAGAGAACAGCAAAUACAGCGAGAAAGACCGAGUAAGUGUCUGCAGACACAGUGAUGACUGGACUCCCCGAGGACGAGGUGCUUCUCAUGGUAACUUGAGGAAAACCCUAUCUGCAAAUGCAAAGUUCUCAAUAACACCAGCAUGGCAGAAAUUUUCAGAAACUUCAAGAAACAAUUCAGACGCUGAGAAUGUAAGUGUGGCAAAAGGCAAUGAAACAGUGACUGUGGGGAGAAACAUGGGCUCAUCCACUGAUUUGAAUGAGGAAGUGGCUUCUACUCUUAAGGAUAACUUAGCUGAAAUGGCUAAGGAGAAAAUGGAAACCCAUAGUGAAAUGACAGACAACACAGAAGGCUGUAAAUUUGCAAAAGAUCUUCCAUCUUUUCUUGUUCCAAGUUUUCCUCAUUCUCCAGGCAAAGAAUUACCCCAGUCAGAGUUUCCAGGUGCUCUGGAAAAUCAGCAGAAUAACAGCACAAGAAAAACAGAUAAAUCAGCACCGAAUGGAGAAGAAAAUGUUUCUCCUUUUGGAAUAAAGUUACGGAGGACAAACUACUCUUUACGUUUCCAUUAUGAUCAACAGGUAGAGCAAAGGAAAAAGAAAAGAUACAGUGCCGGAGAUAGUUUUGACGGUGUGCCUGACCCACUAGUUACAACAGAAAGUGAAAAAGAAUCCACUGUGUUUGCUCCACAAGAGAGUACAUCCCCUGGCAUGAGGAGAGCAAAUGUUCCUGGUAAUCUAAAAGACUUGAAAGACUCUUCAACUCCUGCAUUGGAGAUUUCACAACCAGCGGGCAGUCCACUGAUCCCACCAGCCACCAGCCAGAGUGCUUUCCCAACUCAUGAGAAACCUGCCUGCAAGUCCCUGGUCACACAGAAACCCGCUUUAGCUCCAAAGCCCACCAGCCAGACGCCACCAUCGUCUCCUCUCUCCAAAAUGAACAGAUCAAACCUAGCUGAUACUCUAGGCCAAAAGCUGGUUAAAGCCGAAUCAGACGGCAGCUGGAAAAGAGAAGACAAAGCAAAUGCAGUGCUCCCUGCAGCACUGAAUGAAUACAAAAAUGAAGAGGAAGAAACCAGAGAAAAGAAAUCAUUUUUCCCAUCCAUAAGUAUCCCAUGGAGAGAAAAAAAUGACAAAAAGCCUGAGCCACUGAAAAAAGAAAAACCAGUCCUCCAGAGCAGACACUCUUUAGAUGGCUCUAAAUUGAUGGAAAAAGUUGAAACUUCACAACCACUUUGGAUUACAUUAGCACUUCAAAAACAAAAGGGAUUUCGUGAGCAGCAAGCUACUAGGGAAGAAAGGAGACAAGCCAGAGAGGCAAAGCAAGCAGAGAAGCUGGCUAAAGAAAGUGCUGCUCUAAGUAAUCAGUCAGAUAAUAAAAGCAGCAGCAGCAAAGCAAGCACACUGCAGAAAUCCACACCUCAGGAAGGGGAGAAGAAAAUUGAGACUGCUGUGUCAAGGCUAGAAAGAAGGGAGCAGCUGAAGAAGUCUAAUACUCUUCCGACUUCGGUGACAGUGGAAAUUUCAGAUUCUGUUCCCUCAGCCCCGCUGGCAAAAGAGGUGGCCAAGAGAUUCUCUACGCCUGACGCUAACCCGGUGUCAACAGAACCAGCCUGGCUUGCGUUAGCCAAGAGGAAAGCAAAAGCCUGGAGUGACUGUCCACAAAUCAUCAAGUAAACUACAAAAUUACUUUUCUAUUGCUGAUUAUUAAUGGCUUUCUUUUUAUUUAUUCAGCUUUCUACACAUGACAAAACUGAACUGCAUGUAGUGAAGGACUGAAAACUGAAGUGAUUACCAUUUUGCUCUAGCUCACUGUAAAGUCUACUCAAAUCAUAUAUCCCAUUGCUUUGACAAGUAGCUAAAUGAGGUCAAGGCAAAAAUUUCAGAGCCAAACUCUCAAAAAUUUAAGAACGCUGAGAUAUUGGAUGUAAAUUUUAGCCAUUCUAAUAAAUGGGCCAGAACUUCAGUUCAGAAGCUCCUUAAAUUCUGUGAGUAUUUGGUUCUGGAAUUUCCAACCUCUGCACUUACAGUGGAGAUCUCGGAAAAGUUUUUCAAAACUCUGUUGUUGAAAAUUAAUGCAAGAUGCAUGCUCCCUUCUCUUAUUCCUAAUUUUUUUCUUAAUUGUUAAACUGUAUCAACUGUUAGUUCUACUUGCUAUUUGAAAGCUUCUUCCCUAAUGAAGAACUUCAGGAGACCGCUUUCCACCUGCAAAUGCUAAGUAAGAAGAAGGUGGCAUCCAAAUGCUGAGGUAAUUUCUUUCAUCUUAGGUUUAAUACACUAGGGCUAUAUUCCCUCACUGCUAGGAAGAAAACAAUUCUCCCUACCUAACAAAAAUUAUUAUUUAAAAAACCAAAAAGUUUCCAGAAAGAAGCCAGGAACAGAAUGUUUUUUCUAGUCCUUUAAGUGCAUGAGUGUGCUUGGCCCUAUUAAGGUGCAUAAAGGUAGUGAUUGCAGAUUAAAACGUUAAAUCAAUUGACCAGAACUAAAAUAAUUAAAACUAUUCCUGUGCUCAUGUACUUGUAGAAUUAGUCCAUUCCCACAGGAGUAAGACUGCAGGACUGAGGUUAACUGAGAACUGAAAGCUGAGUCAUUAGGAGUCUCAAGAGUUUUAACUCUACAUUCCUUCCAAUUUACUCCGUGUGCAGCUCCAGGUGGCUGCAACAGCUUUCUGAACUUUGACCAAUACAGCCUGAACACUUCAGAAAGAAGUUUAUUUACCCCCCCCCCCCCAACUCAGGUAUCUGCUGUGGCAGCUGAACACUUUAUUACUUCUUAUAACUAAAAUAGAAAUGUUCACACCCUCCCACUUACUAAAAAGCAUAAAGUCUAUCACGUAAUAAAAAUUUUACUAUCCUUAACAUCCCACGGAGAUAGCUGUUUACAUUUUAAAAAGCCUCCCUAGCAAAUAAAUCCUUAACACACCCAAGUUUGAAUUUUACAUGGAAGUCUUUAACGAAUUUGAAUGUGCCUCUUGUGACCAUAUGGUUCAAAGGAACAUUUCAGCCUACAACACUAUAAAGGGAGAUAAUUUAAGGAGAAGAAAUUGUAUCAUUAUGAACUGUUACCACAUAGGUUUCAUGGAAUUAUUUUAGCCAAAUACUGCUGUAUGCAGCAUGAGGAGGAGCCCUUUACAUUAUGCAGAAAACAGAAUGAAAUCUGCAGUAUCCUCCCAUUCCAAGAAUCCCAAAAGGGCUUGUCAGCAAAAGCUGAUAGAGAAUAGCUAUUUCCCAGUGCACAGAAAACAAAGUAUCACAGUUACAACAGCACAAACACAGUGGACACAUUAAGAGUAGAUAUGCAGCAGCAAGUUCGUUUAUUCUUGGUUCUCUUAAGAAGUGAUCAGCUUUGAGCGCAGUUUCAUAUUUUAAAUCAGAUUCUCUAAAAUACCUACUUUCCCCCUUAAUGUAAGUAUGUAUUUUAAAAGUUUAAUACAAAUAGGGGCACUGCUGCUUUCAGACACUUCAAAAACAGUGCUUAACAUCUUCAAAGUAGAAUGUCUGCAAACGUACCUGAAGGAAGAGUUGGGCCCAUCAUUAUUUUUGUUCUGCUAGCACCAAGAAUUAGCGCUUUUUAAGUUAAAUUUAUACUUUAUCUGAGUUUAUAAGCCUGCACUAUAUAUUUGUAAUUACAAGAACUAAGCUGCCUGAAAUCCAUCUCUAAGAUUAUUUUUCUGGGAGAAGGAGCCAGGCAGAAAUAUGGAGAACAUAAAGUAAGUCAGGAUUGAAAAAUUAAAGACACUGGUUUUCUGAAAAGCAUAGCAUAAUUAGGUGCUAUCAUGCAUGACAUUAUGAAGCAAUUUUCUAAUACAAUACACUUAUAUCACAUAGAAUAGAGCUUUCAUUAAGAAUGGUCUUAAUCUAAAGCUUCAAAGCAGAGUUUUUUCAAGCAUAAUGGUAUCUAGUGUAAUAAUGGAAACUGUAUUAUGUACAGUACUUGGUGGAAGCAUUUCUAAAGUGUACAUGUUCAACAGUGACAUUUCAUGUUAAAUUACCGCAAAUUUGCACUAAAUACCAAUGGAGUGUUACUUUGCUUUAGCUUUGUUGCAACCAUUUCUGAUAAAGUGUUGGAAAUCUGUAAAGAACCAUUACUACUGACUUUAAAACAGCAAAAAUGUUUUAAGAACUGAACAAACCACUAUGUAGUAUAUUGUCUGAACUUUUUGUAACUUAUACACACAAAAUACCAUUUCUUCUGACAAGGUUAUAUAUGAUUAACCUCUAUGUUCCUAUAGUAAUGUAUAAAAACUAUAAGAUGUAAAAUUGUGAGGUAUUUGUUGUGUACUUUUUUAAUUUUUAAAAUGUUUUAAAGUGCAAUUGUUUAUUAUACUAAUGUCAUUUUAAUUCUUAUUAAACUAUAACCCAGUCAAAAAUUAUCUAAUUAAUGA